CCCAAACACAACACCUACCAGAUUUUUUAUUAGGAUGACCAAAGUUAUUUAUCAUAUUCUGCUUUUAUGAUCAAACAUAAAAACAUACGCUUUAAGAAAUUAUCUGUCAUGAAGUAAUUUCUGGUGCAUAGUUUGAUAAAAUUUAGUGGUUUGAGAACAUAUAAAUAGGGAUUACCAAUCAUUGAAGAGCCAUAUAUACAUGGAUAGCAUAGAGCAGAUGAAAGAGGAGAUAGAGAAGAUUGAAGAAAGUCCCAGUUCAGAUAGCACAGCAACACCUCUAUUAAGGGUAACUAAUGAUGGAGAAGAAAACACAAGAUGGUGGAAUGGAGUGUUGGACAUGGAAGAGGCCAAACAUCAACUAUUGUUUUCUCUUCCAAUGAUUCUUACUAACAUAUUCUAUUAUUUGAUCACUUCGGUUUCUGUCAUGCUAGUAGGUCACCUUGGAGAGCUUCAGCUUGCUGGUGCUACUCUUGCAAACUCAUGGUUCAAUGUCACUGGCUCUGCCAUCAUGGUUGGUUUGAGUGGGGCAUUGGAAACACUGUGUGGACAAGGAUUUGGAGCAAAGGAAUACCAAGUGUUGGGAAUUUACCUACAAGCCUCUUGCAUCAUAUCUCUAAUUUUUUCCAUCAUGGUAUCCAUUAUUUGGUUCUAUACAGAACCUGUCCUAGUGUUUCUUCAUCAAUCUCAGGACAUUGCAAGAACAACUGCUCUCUAUAUGAAGUUUUUGAUCCCUGGAUUAUUUGCAUACAGCUUCUUGCAAAAUAUUCUGAGGUUUCUCCAGACACAAUCUGUGGUAAUGCCAUUGGUUGUACUUUCAGCUCUUCCAUUGUUGGUUCAUAUUGGUAUUGCAUAUGCCUUGGUUCAGUGGUCAGGUCUGAGCUUUAUAGGUUCACCAGUUGCAGCUUCCAUUUCACAAUGGAUAUCAAUGCUAUUACUGGCCUUUUAUGUCAUGUAUGCUAAGAAGUUCAAGCAGACAUGGCAAGGCUUUUCAACGCAUUCAUUCCAUUACGUAUUCACAAACAUUAAACUGGCUCUGCCCUCUGCUGCAAUGGUAUGUUUGGAGUACUGGGCUUUUGAAGUUUUGGUUUUCUUAAGUGGUCUACUGCCAAACUCACAGAUAACAACUUCUUUGGUUGCAAUAUGUUUAAACACACAAUUCAUUGCAUACACAAUCCCUAUUGGUCUCGGGGCUGCUGCAAGCACAAGGGUAUCCAAUGAAUUGGGAGCAGGCAACCCGGAAGGAGCUAAACAUGCAAUGAAUGUCACUGUCAAGCUCUCUUUCCUGCUUAGUUUCUGCUUUGCUUUGGCACUUGGAUUUGGACAUGAUAUCUGGAUUCAGCUUUUCAGUGAUAGUUCCAAAAUUAAAGAUGAGUUUACUUCAGUGACACCCUUGCUUGCCAUUUCUAUAGUACUAGAUGCUGUUCAAGGUGUCAUGCAAGGGGCAGCCAGAGGAUGUGGCCUGCAACACUCCACUGCAUACAUUAAUCUUUUAACUUUUUAUCUUGUUGGCUUACCAAUAUCAUGUCUCCUGGGAUUUAAGACCAAUUUGCAGUAUAAGGGUUUAUGGAUUGGUCUGAUUUGUGGGCUGCUAUGUCAAGCUGGAACUCUCUUCCUUUUCUUAAGGCGUGCCAAAUGGACUAAACUGGAUGUUCUUAGAGACAAAGAUAAAGAUCAUCACAAACUGGCACAAAAUUAAUGACAAAAGAUCAUCACAAAAUUGGGUGAACAUGAUUUUUGUAAAACGUUUCUUGCUCAUACUCACUUUGAGAAUGCUAUAAUAUGAACUAAGCAACUAAGAAAUUCUGCCUUGAAAAUCACUAGAUUAAUGAGAGAGUAAUUUCUCGCAUAAGACCCUCUGAAUAUUUUUUUUCAAUACAUUCUUCACUUGUAUUUAUAUUUGAAUGAAGAAACCUCAUUCUUGAAUGUUUGAUUUAUCAGGGACAAUACAUAUGAUUAACUCUAUA